AUGGCUUCCCAAAUCGCCGUGUCCAAUAUAGGCAAGGCGCUCGCUGCUAAAACGGCUUCUGUCGAUAUUCCCGUCUCUCGCGACGCUGCGAAGGAUAGCAGGGGCGGCUUCGCUGUCGCAUCUGCUCGUCCCGGACAGCAUACGAUGCUUCCUACUCCCCCCAACUCUAUCUCCCCUUCUCUCGCUCCCCUCGGCUUCAAGAAUAAGCAUCAGCAGCAUCAUGUUGGAACCCUUCCCCUCUCCCCUCCCGUCGCCCACAUGCACGUCGAUUCCGACAUUGAUCUGCAGGACGCGGUCGACCAUGCGAAAAGCCAGGACCAUCAUCCUCAUGUGUCUCCCAAUGCUCAGAACCUCGAUAGCGUUGGCGCCAUCACCCCGGCGAUGUUGGCCAAAUUCCAUCUACCGGAUAUUCUCCUUGCUCACGGCCCGCUGGCAAUCCGCCAUGUCAUGGGCCACCUCACCACUUCUGUGCCGGGCUUUGCAGGUAUCCCGCCUGCCAAAGCACGCCGACUGGUUGUGGGAGCAUUAGAAGGACGAGGCAACGGAGGCGAAGGUGGUGGCACUCAUGGCGACGUUAUAUUCGAAAAGGUCGGCUGGGGCCGCUGGGAUGCUCGUCUUCGGGGCCAGCCUCCCCGUGAACGGCAGGCCUAUACUUCUUCUUUCCCUUCUACGUCGCCGCCAUCCAGCUUCCCAUCUGGAGGGGUACAGAUUCCCCAGCACUCGCAGUGGAGAAAUGCGAAUAAUCGACCGGCUUACGGCACUAGUGUAGCCGACUCUGCAAUCUUUUCGCAUUCCGAUUUGGACUACGGCGACCACGAAGCUGACAAAAUGUCUCUAGACGGUGACGAAUCCCAUGAUUAUUGCUCUGAUUCCGAUAUGCCGGAAGACGCCGUUCCCGAUGACGAAUGGGACGAAGGCGAUAUAACCGACGAAGAAGACUGGGCCGGCAUCGGUGCUGAUGCCCUUCGUGCCCGAUCUCCCAAUGGAGGAGGGAUUGUAAAUACAACAAAUCAUUCUGUACAUACAAAGACGCAACGCCUCCCCAGAGGCCCUGCGCCAGCUACCCUGGCCAAGUCUGUGCCAGGCCGCAUUACGAUUCAACAACUGGGGUUCUCUUUACCUGACGGCGUCGGUGGUGAUGUCGAAGAACGAGCUGCAGUCGAAGCGCUUUUGCGGUUGGGUUCUAUGUAA